CCCGAACCUAGCUCAGAACCGCAUAUAUGCGUGAAAAUCGACCCAUUUGAUAGUUAUGGCGCCGAAAUCGGGUUCAUCCAUGAUCUCCCAUCCUUCUUCCGACGUCGAAAUACACGUCUCCAACAAAGUGGGCAUGUACAACCUGGCUUCAGCUUGGGUCCUCGUCGGCAUGACCACUCCAUUGUGCUCAACGGUCGACAUCUUCCGCUUCUUCACACACGCAGUCCUCAUGGCGCAAGGCCUGUUCGUAGGUGAACGGAGGGCCUUCGACAUGAUCGAGCUCAGAGGGAACCACUACCUCUACGUGGUGAUAGGGCUGCUCAUUCUGGAAGAGUUUGGGUACAUCUGCCGCCUGUACCCUGACGUGUACAAGUUCGCUCUUCAGGCCAUGACCAACAACAUCUCGCUGAAUUCCCUCGCGAAGAUUAUCAACCUUCAUGCAGGUCCGAUCCGGUCCAAGGAGGGGGCUGAUGAGUUCGAAGCAGCAGUUGGCCAGAUUGAGUGGGAAGGGGAGGCAAGGGCGAGAGAACUGGUGAAGCAGAUCUUCCUUCCGCUGGUUGGACCGGCUGUCCGGGCUUGCGUCGAGUCGCUAAGGAACGAGCUGUCGCCCUCCGUAUCUGCUACACCGCCAUCUACCGCAUCGUUUACCUUCUCCUUUCGAAACCUGCCCGCAGAGGCUUCUGCGAAGGGAUACGCGCACCUUGUCCCCGCUGUGAUCGACCCCUCCUCGGCAUCGGCGCACCUUCUCGAUAGCUUCUCGGAACCCUCUUCUUCCAUAGGGCAUUCUCAGGCAUCCUUCCAAGGCCAGGCCCACGCUCCAAGCUCGAAGAGGCGUCGGGAAGAAGAAGAAUCUCUAGCGGAUGAGACAGAGGUCACAUGCCUGCUGCUCGGAGAGGGCGCAGGUGCGGAGGUGUCGGCCAGUGCAGAAAGAAAUGGCGCGCCGCCCGCGCUUCUUGAACCUCCAUUAAAGAGGCGCCACCUAGGCGAAGCCCCCGUCAAAUGGGCGCGGGACGCAGACAAGAAAUUUUCCAAGGAGAAGCGGAGAGCCGGGAAUCGUAAGCGGCAAGGAACAGAUAUCAAGAAGGUGAUUACACCAGACUCCCUCGUCGAGCCCAUCUGCAGGGCCCUCGAUUCGCUACCCGCCGGUCGCUUGGCCUUCAGCUGUAACUACUCGGGACCAAGUCUCUAUGGGAGUACCAUCGACGCGGCCAUGGGCCAAGACCUCGUCAAGUACUAUCUAGUGGCAGCACUCACGGAUGUCUGGGCUGACCACGGGAUGAGUGCUCACGCCGCCGCAACAGCUAUCGAGGCCAUGGUCUCGGAAGAAGUCGUCAAUCGCAUCGCCCGCGCUCUCGGGAUGGUCGAGCAUGUUGAUUUCCUCCGGGCCGUCGCACGCGCAUCUCGGGAGAUAUCGUUCGAUUUUCUUCGGACUGCCGUCCUGGAUGUCUAUCGAGACGUCGCCCCUGUCGCGAUAGAGCUUGUCAAACCGCUCUACAUCGUCUUUUCGUCCGAGUCGCUCGAGCCCACGCGGGAUCACCUUCGCAACGUCUUGCUCAUCCAAAACGCCGGCUACACCUAUCGCUCCAACCUUAGCCGUGUGGAAGCCGUUUUGUCGACGAAUGCCAGGACCAUCCAGCAGCUGUUCCACAAGGAUCUUCUUCGCGGAUUGAAUUUCCUCUAGACGCACGUAAUUUCGAUUUCGCCUGUCACCGCUUCGUUCAUCUGGGACCCUCGUACAUCCUACUCACAUACCGCAUAUCGUUUAUCUCGACCACAUACCAGCGCUCAUCGUACAUAUAUAGUAGCUACGUCUCUUUUCUCCGCGGCCUUUUAUUGUGGACUGGCAUCAGUGAAGGAAUAUAAUCAUACGAGUUCAUCGUAA